CCCAUUUAUUCUAUCUCCGGAAGGUUGUGUGUCGUCAUCAGUCAGCGUCUGGUGAGGGUGGGAGAGAAGUUUGAUCAGUUGAGCGAAUAUGGCACCAUCACCCACAAAAAAAAAGGAUCGCUCAGACGACAAGGUGAAGGAGCGGGGUACCAAGGUGGGGGUGAAGGAGGGAGGGGAGAAGGACCGUGGCAGAGAGAAAGGACACAAGCGGCGCAGUGCUUCAACUGGGAGCAGCAGCAGGUCUCGCUCCAGCUCCAGCUCCAGUUCCAGUUCAGGUUCCAGCUCUGGCUCCUCCAGUGGCUCAAGCUCCUCAUCUGCAUCCAGCCGCUCCGGCUCCUCCAGCAGUUCGCACAGCUCCAGCUCCAGUAGCACCUCGGUCUCCCCCAGCCGCCGGCGCCGUGACAACCGGCGCAGCUCCCGCUCCAAAUCCAAAUCCCUGAAGAGAGAGGAGAAAGAGAGGAAGAGGAGGAGUCCAAGCCCCAGGCCCUCCAAGGUUCACGUUGGCCGGCUUACGAGAAAUGUCACCAAAGAGCACAUCAUGGAGAUUUUCUCGACUUAUGGGAAGAUAAAGAUGAUUGACAUGCCUGUAAAUAAACUCCAUCCCCACCUGUCAAAGGGUUACGCCUAUGUUGAAUUUGAGACCCCAGAUGAAGCAGAGAAGGCACUCAAACACAUGGAUGGAGGUCAGAUAGAUGGUCAGGAGAUCACAGCGUCGGCAGUGUUGACCCCCCGGCCUAGACCACCCCCUCGUAGACUGACCCCCCCGCGUAGGAUGCCUCCCCCGCCCCCCAUGUGGCGCCGCACCCCACCGCGCAUGAGAAGGAGGUCUCGCUCCCCACGCCGCAGGUCUCCUGUACGCCGGCGCUCUCGCUCCAGAUCCCCGGGCCGCCGACGCCACCGCAGCCGCUCCAGCUCCAACUCCUCCCGUUAGCGUCACCAGUGCCCUCCGGAACAGUUUAAAUCUACAGGAAAAGAGGGAAUCCUUCUGAUCCCAGAGGGUGUCCCAGUGAUUUCUGAGUCACGAUUAGGAGAGACAGAUUUUGGGAAACAAAGCGUGAAGACUUCAUGCCACACCAUGUUCUCAUACAUCCUGGACAUGCCGUCUGCUCAUUUCUGAUAAGUUUUUUUUGUUGUAUUUUUUUUCUGUAGUAAAUGAAUAGUGCUAAUGUAUUGCCCCCAUACCACCCCCUUCAAAUGAACUCAACUAAUCUUCAGGCAGUACGUAAAUGACCCAUUACACGUCUAUUCUUUAGGCAGUGAAAGCGUUGAGAGAAAAAAAGACAAUGUUGCUGCCUUCUGUCAUUAGUCAUUAGUAUAAAGGUCAUUAGUAUAAAAUGUGUUUAAAGUACUUUGUUAUACAAGUAGAAAGGUGGUGUCUGCUAGUUACUGAUUUCAUGUAAAGGGUUCAUUUUGUUUUUAAUAAGGCUCUUUCUGCCAUUAGAAGCUGGGCAUAUUUACCUGGUUAAAAAAAAAAAAAGUUUGUUUUUUAAUUUUUCUUAAUAAACUUUGAAAGUCUCACGA